UUACUGUCCUCCUUUACUGAAAGACUUGCUGGCUGCCUUGAGCAGAGUUUGCUAAGCCAUGGGAAGGAUUUUGGGACAUCUGUUUGUGGACACUGUAAACUUGCUGACUUGUUGACAAUAAAACUCGUGACAGUCUCGUAACUCAGGUUCAUUUAGCUUAGCUGGAUCGGGAUCACCGUCAGGGGGCAAAGGGACCAGCCGAGCUUGCUCUUAACAUCAUGUCUGACUCAGAGGAUUCUUAUGAAACACCAGAGAGCAGUAAUAACGAAGUCAAUGGAUGUGGAGCAAACUCUGACACUGCUACAAGUCCAGCUCCCUCGGUUCCAAGGUUACUGUCAGUCAAGAAGAAAAAGGUAGUGCUUCACUUUGAUCUCAACAACACCAUCCUUGUGUCCGAUGCUGUUACUAAACAAGGAACAGUUGCUGCUCUUGAGUAUUUUCUGUCCACUGUGACCUGGGGACGGAUGGCAAAAGGAAAGUGGGAGUGGAGGUGUGAGACUCCAUCUCUUCUUCCACCCUGUGAGGGUGCUGCUACUUACUACUCCCACUUUGGUAGAGUAGCAAGCUUCACCACAGUCGGGCCGGGCAAACGUUUCCGAAAGGUCUUUGAGGAGCAUCUGGAACUCCUGCAGUGGCCUUCCCACCUGCAGCCAGACAAGGAGCUGUGUGUGAGAGGAGAAGAUGGUAAGCUAUACCACUGGAUUCUUCCCUCCUUCUUUCAACUGCUGCAGGACCUGGCGUCACAGGGGCUGGAAUUUUCCAUCAUAUUUCGCACCUUUGGCACUGACCUGCCCCGUGUUUUGAUGGUCGUUAAGCGAGCCCUUGAGCAAGGAACCCAUCCACUCUUUCCUGACCUCCCAGCACUAAAGUUGAGUGUGAAUGCAACAGCAGGCCGGAUCAGGUGCAGCACUAAGGGUGCAGUUCUGACUCGAGGAGAGGAGCGUGUGUCCUCGCGGGAGGGGGAGCGGAGUCUGUAUCAGUACAUGAGCUCUUCACAGGGGCUGGGUGGCUUCCAGGACCACUUUGACUGGUGGGCACGGAACACAUACUCCAUUUUGGGAGGAAAACCACUGUGGAUUGAUCCUUUUGAUUCCACAGUCCAGCACAUCUUCAUCGAUGACAACAUCCGCCAAAAUGAUGAGGACACAAUUGUGCAUCCUAAGGUAUUUUUGGAUCCAGAAGGCUCACAGACACGUACAGCCUCCACUUCAGAACUGUAUGAUCUGUGUCUGAUACAGAAUGACCUUCUCAGAGCCAUUUCAGAUCCCACCUACUUCACUCAGCGCAUCCGCAUAUGCAUGGAGAACUAUGAGAGGAACCUUCAGCAGGGAUUAAGCUAAUCUGACUUUGUGUAUUUUUAUGUUUUAUUUAUACACCAGGAAAGAGGUGGAAAAAAGUUUGAAGAAUUAUGUUUGUGGUCAUUUGAUCACAUCCGCGAUCUUAAAAGAUCAACUUGAAUAUGCAGUCUCUUGCACUAAACCUCGAUUCAUCCUAUUAUGAGCAUAUUAUUAUAAGAGUUCUGUAUCACACUGGAUCUCCUGAAGAAGUUGGGUGUGUGUUCAUAACCACUUCAGAUUAUCAGCACCACUGACUGAAGCACUGAGGUUUAAACUCUUGCCUAUACAGAAGUUACACUGUAGGAACACUGUAAGCCAAAAAGACCUUAUGUUACAAUCUAGUGGCUAGAGAGGAGGUUAGGCAGGAGGAAGGAGAAUGUUUCCGUAAUAAAAAUAUCCAUUAUAAGGGUGAACAGUAUGGCAAAAAUAUCAUAUCAUGACACUUCAAUAUUUUCAUGUAAUAAUACAUAUCCUUAUAUUUAAUAAUAACAAUAUAUAUCAUAUUACAUGUCCUUAGAUUUUUCCAAGAUUUGACUAUUUGGAUUACCGUUGGAUUACAAUUACAGUUUUUUUAUUAUUAUUAUUCAACAUUUUCUAUGCUGCACUGUAUUACAUCCAAUUAUACAGGACCAGUUACUGUAUUGUUUGCACACCCUUUGUCAAUGUAUAUGUUUUGUUGAUGUUCUAGGUGAAAAUAAGUUAACAUAUCUUUUACAGUGAACAAUUUCUAGUGCACACUUUGUUUAUUUGCUGGGUUUAACUUUUGGAAAAAUAAAAUGUAAAAUGUGCCACAACUUUUGCCACAAUAAAAAAAAUCAGCAAAUAAACAGUGUGUUCUCUGUGGAGGAUAUGAUAAUUUAUUUUCACUUAGAAAAUCAACGAAACAUGGAAUGUAACUAGUGGGCACCCCAAACUUUUGCAUAUGACUGUAUGUUCUCGUGGACUUUUGACAUUGUCAGAAUCGAAGCUUGCCAUCUUCUAACAACAGUGUAAAACAUUACUUAGCUACUCCACUUGGAAACCUCAUCUAAAUCUUUUUGUAAUGAAACAUACAGUCUGUCUGUGUUCUUUAAGUACUGAAGAAACCCACAAUAGCUUGUCACGAUAACGAUAUGGUCGUAUUUCCCAGUUCUGAUCUGUUAUAACUGUGGAAGGGUGGAAUAUUGAGGGAAGAGACUUCUACAAGUAAUGCAAAGGAAGGAGUUAGUAAGUCUCUUCUGUUAUUUGGUUCAUGCCUGACAAAUUUUGAAAUAUUAUCCUUUAUCUUAAAUUCCGCUGUACAGUCACCUUCUAUUUAAGAUUUGUACCUGAAGUUUCCAAAACUGUUAAUAACUGAACCAUCAGUUGAGAUGAGCUUAACGUAAAGUAUCAAAGUAGAUUCUGUGUCAUGUGACAGUACAGUUCUACUACUGGCUUAUUUUACUGUGGCAUAGUCAAGAAAAAUGACUUUUAUAUGCAGUAACAGCUUCUGUAGUUUAGUUCAGAGAUGUUUCUCUUGACGUCAGUAUUCUCAGGGUUUGCGAUGUUUAACAUUGAGUAUUAAGAGGUUUUGUAGGACUAUUGAAUUAUAUUUUACAUCUUAGGAUCCUCUGUGGAUCAUCAUACUUGAAUUUUUAGACUGUUUUGCUUUGAAGGUAAGCUUACUUUAUAGGUUAUGGAAAAUGUUAUAUCUUUCCAGAAUGUACUUCUCAUUUAUGCGUGCAUCUUUUUGCCAAUUGUUAUUAAAAUGUAGAGGAUGGGAGAGGAAAGAGAGAGAUGUUUGUUUAUUUCCCCCAUUUGACUGACAGUAAGACUUGACGAGAAUUGCUGUCGGUUAAUGAAAGUUUUUGGUAAAGAAAUGACAACGCAGGUUGAAUUUCACAUUUGGCCCAAAGUUUUAUUAGUGUAUAAAAUAUAUUUUAUUAAUUAGGGCUGAAUGUCUGUUUAUCUUUAUAUUGAUAACAUUAUUUGGUGUUGUCUUACGUUUUUAGUUGGGAAGUUUAACCUAAAAACACAGAGUUUGAUACACUACAUUCAGUGUUUAAGUCUCAAAAAACUUAAAUGUGCUGUUCAUCUUUGGGUAAAAAUGCCUGGAGCCAAAUUUAUAGAGAAUAAUCACAUUAAUAUCACAAUAUUGGUCAGAAGAGUCGCAAUUAUAUAUUUUCUCCAAAUCAUUCAGUCCUAUUAUUAAUCUACAGUUUAACUGACUAUGUUGGCCAAGAGUGAAUGCACAAUGUUCAUUGUUUACAUACUUCAUCAUCCCCAUGUCUGUUUUCUCUUUUUUAUCAUUUAGGGGAGAAAAUGUAGCUUUAAAAAAAUGUUACAUUAUUAUUUUGAAAACACUCAACAACUGCUUCAUGUUAGUUCAUUGUUAUGUGACUAUCAUUACCAUUUAUUUAUUUUUUGAGCUUG